UGUUUGUUGAGAAAGAUAGUCAAUGGUCUCAAGUAAUAUUUGCCCUAUGUUGCAUAGAUGUACUAAGAUCGUUUUCUGCCAUCGCAAUUGAUUCAAGUGGAUCUAUGUGCCGGCCUUCUAUUCUACCACAGUCUACUUCUAAUACGGUUUGCCAAAAUAGCAAAGGACCUAUACUGAAUAUUAAAGGAUUGUGGCAUCCAUUUGCUCUAAGAGAAAAUGGAGUUCCUGUCCCAAAUGAUAUGAUACUGGGAGAGGGUACAAACGGCCAUCAUCCCCGGACUCUGCUGUUGACUGGACCAAACAUGGGGGGAAAAUCAACUCUCUUGCGUGCUGCCUGUCUAGCAGUUAUAUUGGCACAGCUUGGCUGCUAUGUGCCAAGUGAGAUGUGUGUGCUAUCAGUUGCUGACACUAUUUUCACGAGGCUUGGUGCAACUGAUCGGAUUAUGACCGGUGAAAGUAAGUUUCACAAUAGCCUUUUCCACUAAUUUCCUGGAUUUAGAGUCCCGGGUGCAAUUAGAUAUAAGUUGGAUUGGAUUCUGUUAUUUAAUGAUCCAAAUAAGUCACAAGCCAUGAGCCAAAGUGCCCUUUUUUUUGGGUUGAAGCCUAAG